CCGAGGAGAAGGGCAGGAGACCGGAGGGUAACACUCAGCUCUGCACAAAUGAGUUGUGAAUUGAUGGAAGCUGAAGCCCCACAAAACAUGAUCUUUCGUGUCAUCGAGGCAGACCGUGUUAGAAAAUUAAAACUCAGCUCCCGUCCAGCCUCUGUUGAUGCAGUGAUUGAGAUUUUAAAAGAACAACUGGAAUUGGACUGUGACUUCAGUUUGCAAUACAAAGAUCCAGACUUUGAUGGAAAACUCACUUGCCUUGUUUACAUCGAGGAGUUACCACAAAAAGCCUGUGUUCAUAUUUCAGUUAGACAGGAUUCCAGUUCUCUUGCAUCAACUGAUACCCUUUCAGAUGUGUCAUCCCCAGAACGUCUGAGCAGAUGGCCUCCAGGUCCUUUACAAAUUCCCACAUUUGCGUUUGACGUUGAGCUGACACUUAGAGAUGGGAAUGCUGAAUUUGAAAAGAAUGAGAGACCUCUUCAGUUGUCAAGGGACCAAAAGCACAAUAUUUUAGACAAACUGGCAUCUACCAUAUAUGGUUUUAAGGCUUACCCCAGUGAUAAAGAGAUAGCAAUGGUGGCUGAAGCUCUUGUGAGGAAACACCCCUGUUUAAAAGAAGCAGGAUCUGACAAUGGAUGGAAUGGCUGGAAGAACAGCAUCAAGUUUAAAAUGGGCAAUUACAGGACCAAGAUGAGAAGGGCUGGAUGUCAGGAGGUCGCUGUAAAUGCUGGGAAAAGAAGCCGAAAAAACCCUGAGAAUGAACCUUCACACUCCAACAUCAAAAGGCCUAAGUGUGCAGAGGUCAACUUUCUGCCUAACUUUCCUCAAGGAGAGGAUCCCUCAAGCCUUGACCUUUUGAGGCAGGCUAUUGUUGAGGAAGUAAAGAAGACUGAGAGAAACCUACCCCUUAUUUGUAAGAUGAUGCAGAACACGUUUGCCUUGCGACGACAGACUAUUGUAAUGUCCUGCCCACCGGUGAAAGAGCUAAUGGACCUCUGGCCUGCUCUUCAUAUGCAGUCUGAGGAAUUACAUGAUGUCCACACAAGGCGUACCACUGUUCUCCAUGCCCUUCCUGAUUAUCUACUAGAGGAAGUCUCUGGAUUUUUCAGAACAUGUGUGGAUGAUAUGGAUGAGCCAGACCUGUGGGAUGCAUCAGUGGUCCUCCUUACAACAGUCAGUGAUGAUGCCACAAGCCCAGUUCACUACCACCCAGUGAGAGUCUCUGUCGUCCUAGAGGGUGAUGUGGUUGUCAAUCUCCCCAGGCUUGCUGAUGCCUUCCUGGUAAUGUUCGGCCUGAUUUAUGCACUACAUCUCAGCUAUCCCAAGGGACUGACAAACACUUUUGAGUUCACACAGAAAAUCUUACUUAAAAAUUUAGUCAUUUAG